AUGACUGGAUUCUUACUGUCGCGACGCGGGUUGACGUCCUCUCUACCAUCCCUUCGGCGGUAUCCCCGCACCUACCUCCGACAGAUAGGGUCUGGCAGGAACAAGGCAGCUUCGCAGUAUAGUACGGCCUCCUCACCGGCAGAGAAUGGAAAGAAUGACACGAAACCUCUCCCCGCCACUUAUUUCCCCAAUUCUGAAACCUCGACCCAAAAACCUUCCCCGCGAUGGACUGCCUUGAAAACCGCGAAACCAUUUUCCGACUUCUUGACGGAUACCUUCAACCGCCAACAUGACUAUCUCCGAAUCAGCAUCACCGAGCGUUGCAACCUCCGAUGUGUGUACUGUAUGCCGGAAGAAGGCAUAGAGCUUUCGCCACCGGCUCGCCUGCUCACGUCCCCCGAGAUAGUUUACCUGUCCUCCCUUUUCGUCUCGCAAGGGGUAACGAAGAUCCGCUUAACAGGCGGUGAACCUACUGUCCGAAAGGAUAUUGUCCCUUUGAUGCAGUCCAUCGGCGAUCUACGACGCAACGGGCUUCGAGAGCUAUGCCUGACAACCAAUGGAAUCUCGUUACACCGAAAACUGGAACCUAUGGUUGAGGCAGGUCUGACUGGGGUAAACCUCAGUCUCGAUACUUUAGAUCCCUUCCAGUUCCAAAUCAUGACGAGGAGGAAGGGGUUCGAUGCUGUGAUGAAAAGUAUUGAUAAAAUCUUGGAACUGAAUAAGAUGGGGGCAGGGAUAAAAUUGAAAGUGAACUGUGUGGUAAUGCGGGGGGUCAAUGACCGGGAGAUCAUCCCGUUCGUUGAGAUGGGCCGUGAUAGCCCUAUCGAAGUGCGAUUUAUUGAGUACAUGCCAUUUGAUGGCAACCGGUGGAACCAGAAGAAGAUGCUAUCAUAUCAGGAGAUGUUGACGGUCAUCCGAGAGAAGUAUCCAACCCUGGAAAAGGUGGUGGAUCAUAAAAAUGACACUAGUAAAACGUAUCGGGUACCUGGAUUUCAAGGUCGCGUUGGGUUUAUCACUAGCAUGACACAUAAUUUCUGUGGCACUUGCAAUCGUCUACGCAUCACAUCCGACGGAAACUUGAAGGUCUGCCUGUUCGGCAAUGCCGAGGUAUCGUUACGUGACACCAUCCGGAAAGCCAACAAUGGAGAGCCCAUCGAUGAGGCUACAAUGAAUAAAUUACAACUACUUGAGGCUGCGGACAAGGCCGCUCGUAUUAAUGAGGAGGGCGGACUGGUCGAUGAAAGAGAACGAGAGCUUCUUGAAAUUAUUGGCAUGGCUGUCAAACGAAAGAAGGCCAAGCAUGCUGGGAUGGGCGAGUUGGAGAACAUGAAGAAUAGGCCGAUGAUUCUCAUUGGUGGGUAG